ACACCAUCUCCUUACUCUUCUGUACGGAAGCUUGGAGUCAAUACACACUGUGCACGCAUAAUGUACGUUUCGUCCUUGGUUCGCGCGUACGUUGUCGCCGUGUGACGUGUGGAAAAGAGAAGAAAGGAAAGAAAGAGUGCAGGGUGAACUUGCAUUUCGCGAUAUUUCCGGAAAUAUUUCUUCUAGAAUCGAAAAUCGUCGCGAAGAUGCCACAUACGACGGUCGUUCGAAGCAACGCACUCGUUCUGUGGUGUAUUUUACUGUUCGGAAAUGCACUGGGCUUGUACAAAUCGGCGCCGCACAUAAUCGUCUUCAUGGCUGAUGAUUUGGGGUGGAACGACGUCGGUUUCCACGGCUCGAAUCAGAUACCAACUCCGAAUAUAGACGCCCUGGGCUAUAAUGGAAUUAUACUGAAUAGGCAUUACGUUUUACCGUCCAGCACACCUUCUAGAGCCGCCUUCUUCACCGGGCUGUAUCCGAUACGUAUGGGUAUGCAGGGAGAAGGUAUACGGGGUGGCGAGCCCAGAGGACUACCUCUCAAUAUAAAGAUCUUACCGGAGUACCUACGAGGCUUAGGAUACACGACGAAACUGAUCGGGAAAUGGCACGUAGGUUAUCACACGCCUCAGCACACGCCCUUGCAUCGGGGUUUCGACGCUUUCCUCGGCUUUUACAAUAGUCACGUUUCGUACUAUGACUAUAAGUACUCCUAUCAGAAUAUGAGCGGAUAUGAUAUGCACCGUGACGACAAUCCGGCUUACGGUUUGACCGAGGGAUACGCGACGGAUCUGUUCACCGACGAAGCAAUGAGGAUCAUUCAGCAGCACGAACCAUCUCGACCUCUCUAUCUCCAAAUCUCGCAUCUCGCCGUUCACGCACCUCUUGAGAGCCCGGACGAUUAUCACCGUAAUCAAGACGAAGAACAGUUCAAGCAUAUCCGAGAACUGAAUCGUCGCAAGUAUGCUAGAAUGGUGUGGCGAUUAGACGAGUCCGUUGGACGCAUUGUUCACACCCUGGGCGACCGCGGAAUGCUGAGGGACUCGUUGAUCCUUUUCCUCACCGACAACGGCGCGGCGCCCAUCGGCAGGAUCCGCAAUUGGGGCUCCAAUUAUCCCUUACGAGGCAUGAAGUACACGUUGUACGAGGGAGGUGUAAGAGGAGUCGCCGUACUUUGGUCGCCAAGAUUGCGUAAGGCAGCGCGUGUAUGCAACAACCUGGUGCAUAUAACCGACUGGUUGCCGACUUUUUAUUCAGCUGCUGGUGGCGAUCUGAAGGAUUUAGGGGAGAUUGACGGACUCGAUCAGUGGCGGAUGUUGAGCGACGACUAUCCCGAAAUUAGGCAGAAGCUGUUGUUGAACAUUGACGAGGUAUCCAAGACUGAAGGCGCCAUAUACAAGUCGUUCAAGCUGCUUAGAGGUUCAAUCGAGGGCGGACAUUAUGACGGAUAUUACGGCGACACUAUGAGAUAUUUGCCCAUUGUCCGGAAGAAUAAAAGCGAACAGAUCGAAGUCCAUAUACCGUAUUCCGAUACUAUUUUGAAGAGUUCGGUGUCGCAGAGUAUUACUUACCAUCUAGGUGGCCCUGUUACGCAACCUAGCACGAUGAAUCAAUUGCGACUGGAGGCUACAGUCUACUGCUACCGCAACGUCAGUUACUACAAUAGUUUUACUACUUGUAACGUCACCGAGUGUCUCUUCGACAUUAACAAUGACCCCUGCGAAACGAAAAACAUUGCUCAGCAAUAUCCAAGGAUCGCCCGGGAAUUGGAUCUAUUUCUGGAGCAAUACGGGCGCAAUGUCACAAGACAGGUUAGGGUACCGGUGGAUUGGCUGGCUGAUCCGAGGAGGACGAACGGCACAUGGGAGCCGUGGAUGGCUCCCGGCGAAAUGUUCUACACAUACAACACGGCGACCCACUUGAUCCAUUUGGCAUAUUGCAUUCACAUUGGGAUUAUUCUAGCGACAGUCGCGUGGAACGUUUUUAUUUGAAUAGUUUGUAAUAAUAUGUGAAUAAUACACCCGGAGAAAAGGAAACUCGCGCUGACGAGAAAUAAUAUCUCUGUUACCACGACGGAAAACAUUUGUCUGAAGAUACAGUUACAUUAAAUCUCGGCUGAAGUAAUUGAGAGAGCACUUGGCUGAGUAGAAACUCCUCCUACCUCCUACGAUCUUUCUGCUCUUACAAUCGAAUUUCUCGUCUGAUCACCAGAGAUAACAGAAAAUUUAAAUACGCUAAUAGUAUUGUUUUUUUUUUCAUGUACAAUGAGAAAACUCGAUUGACAAUUAUUUGCCGAGUAGUUGUCGUGGAAACAUUUGGAACUUCAAAUGUUAACGAUCGAGCCUUAAAUUUAAUCUUGAAUUUUAAAAAAUAUCAUAGUUUAUUCUCUCUCUCUCUCUCUCUCUCUCUCUCUCUCUCUCUCUCUUCCUUUCUUCUUUUCGUGAUUAAAAUUAAUUAGUAUUGCGAAUAAUACAUGUUACAAUCAUGUACAGGCAUACGGGCAGUAAUAUAUGCCACAAUUAUAUAUUACAA